GGCAAGUCGUCCCUUCUUUCUGGCCUUUGUGGUGAGAUGCCAAUUACCAGCGGCCAAAGCUUUGUGCGCGGCAGUAUUGCGUAUAUGCGCCAAGAGGCUUUUGUGAUUAAUGCCACAUUCUGCGAAAACGUGCUCAUGGGUGCCGAGUACGAUGAUAAACUAUUCCACCGAGUGAUUGAAGCCAGUGCUUUGACAGAAGACGCCAAGCAUCUUCCUGCUGGUGAUAUGACCGAGAUUGGCCGCAAUGGCAUCAAUCUGUCAGGCGGACAAAAGGCUCGGCUGGGUUUAGCAAGGGCGUUGUAUCUGCAAGCAGACGUGUACAUCUUUGAUGACUUGCUUUCGGCUGUCGAUGCGCAAGUCGAGCGGCAUGUUGUCGAGCAUGUAUUGAUUAGUGGGGGCAUAAUAAGCGACAAAACACGAAUUCUGGUCACUCAUGCGGAGCACCUGGUCCCAUUCAGCAACAAGGUCAUUACGCUUGCUGAUGAAUGUGCUGAAGUAGUUGAGCAGACACCCGCACAGGUUGAAGCAACCAUUGUGAAAGAUACUGAUGAAUUGGAUACUCUAGAGAUAUUCGACAUUUCAGAUAUUGGCAGCACUAGUGAUAUAUAUAUAAUUUGACCAAUGAUAAUGGCACGUUCACAAUCCGCCCUGAAGAUGGCAACUCACCCUUAAAACCGGUACAUGUAUGGUGGUAUCUAAAAACAGUGGCUAUUUGACUAUGGCAUCGAUAAUUUUAUUAAAAAUGGUUAAUACCUAUGCCUGUACUAUAGUAACAGCUGGAAGAUGGAUUUAAUAACAGAUGAAAACCCAGCAACCAUGGUAUUAUCAUUAAAAUGUAUUUGGUUAUUAAUGCAAUUGUUGAGGUAGUUAGAUGGCAUCUUGGAA